AAUUUAUCAAAAAGUAACUAAAAGCAACAGUUGACAGCCAACUUCUUCGGUGAUUGUGUGUGUGUUUAAUGUUUAUGGUGUCUUUCGUCAUAUUUACUUAUCAUUUUUCGAUGUUUUAAAUAAAUUUAUUUAUUAUUUUUCACGUAUUUGUUUUAAAAUAAGUUGUUGUUCGUUUAUUAGCUCUUAUUUUAACGUCCCGAAAAACAUUUUAAACUAUUAAAACUUGUUCAAGUGUCUGAAGGAUACCGAGUGGAAUGAUUUUAUAAAGAUACCACGAUGGAAGUUCGGUUUUACGAAAAAGAUUAAAAAAUCAUCAAGGAGUUACAAUGUCAUCGGCAGCUGUCGGGACACACUCUGGGGCGAGUCCCCUGAGUUUAAUGUCUUGCGUUCGAGAUUCAUCACCUCUCCAAGAUUUCGAUUCCGAUACGGAAAAAAAUGUGACGUCAAAAAGGAAAUUUUGGAACCCGAUAAGAUGGUUUAAAAGGAAACAUAAAACCAGCGAUGAAGUCGUUGUCGUGGAAGUUACGGAAUUGGGCAAGGACGCUCUACGUAGCAGGUCUACCAGCGAGCUUUCCGUCACCGAGGAAGAAAGAAGACGAUCCUCGACGUCUAUGCACCCGGGACUUAGUCUGUCCCAUGAUAGCGUAUUCCAUUCGCCAAAUUCCGGAUCAGAUAUGGAAUUAGACGCAGCGCAAAGAUCGUCGUCGCAAUCGAUAUCUCAACCACCCUUGGAUAUUAGAUUACAGAACGAACUUACUGAAAUUUUGAGAAAAAGGACGAUUCCAGGGGAUACUAGUGAGGACGAUGAAGGUUUACCACACAGUUCAUGUAACUCGCCAACUGCCUCCGAUGGACUUCAUAUUGAAAAGACUGCGAUUAAAGACCCAACAAAAUCACAUAGUACCUGUAGCGAUGGGUCCUUACAUAGUAUGGGUAGUUACGAAGAUGACGAGUUUUCCGAAGCGGCUUCUUCUAGACAUUCUUCGAAAUUAUCGUUAAAUGAUAAGAAACAUUCACAAGAUUCGAACUCGGAAUUCGGGACUAAUUCCACAGCUACACCUCUAAACCAUAGCGCUGCGCACCACCGGGUAUCUGUUAAACCAAAACGAACGCAUGGAGCACCGCGCAGGCGUCGAACACAACAGCUAACAGCAUUACCGGUUACUCCGGAAGUAAACGAGGAUUCGUCUAUUAGAAGUUUAUCACCCGAGAUUCAAAAAAAAGAGUCCCUAAUCGAACUAUAUAGCAUGAGUUCGACAAAAACAUUAACAGAAACCCAAUUAAAAUGUUCUUCUUUACCGCCCGGUUUGACUCCACCAGGUUCUACCGACAACAAACUAAACAGAAGCAAAUCGAACGCGGGUAGCAAAUCCCAAGACAUAUUUUCUCGAUUACCCGAAGACACCAACGAAAAAACCGAAAAAUUAUCCCUAUUGGAAAGGUUUUUCCCCAGAAAAAGCGGAAGGAAAAAGAAAAAAGAACAAAAAGAAGCCGUUACGAUAAUAGAAAGUUUUACCCAAGAAAAAGAAACAAUUUUGGAAGAAAACAAGAAGAAAAUCGAAAAUUCGAGACCGAUACCGGCACCGAGAUCGGGACCGGCUACUAGACAACGUAUGUUUCCCAAAGAAAUAAUCGAUUCCGUUGAAGAAUCGAUUAUUCCAUCGCCUGACGAUUCGAUUCAAAUCGAAUUAGAAAAUAAAUUGACACAAAAAGAGGCGAAUAAAAGCCCGACUAAUUCACCGACUGUGAUAUCAUCUCGAUCAUCGGAAAUGAAAAUGAAAUCGGAAGAAAUUCGAUGUAAAUUGAAAAUGCCCGGAUUAUCUGCGUUGCAACAACGAGUUUUAUCGUUAAACGACGACGAGCCGGAUAAUAAUAAUUUUUUAUCGUUAACGGAUUUACCGACGGAUAAUAAACCAUCGAGACCGGUGUGGAAAUCGCACAGUUUCAAAGCCGUCAAACGUCAAACGAUCGAAUCGAACGAAAUUAAAACUUCCACGGAAACAUUUUUAAACGAAGAAAAAAAAGAAGAAAGUAAAAUGAUUAAGGCCGCUUCGUUGGACGAUAAAUUGCAUUUAUCGGAAUCGGCGAGCGGUGAUGCGGUGACUAUAUCGGGUCCGAGUCACACCGCGGUGGUGAACGUUACUAGUAACGUGGAAGAUUUCAAUACCGUCUCCAAGAAUCUUACCGCAGAAAAUAUCGACGGUUCCACGACGAUUUCCAUUAAAGAACAACAAAUUUCAAUCACCAAGAUCCAAGUAAGAAGAGAAUCGACGCAAAUACCGGAAUUCAUCAAUAAACAGUUAAACAAAGUGGAAAUUAAACCGACGAGCAAUAUAAUAUUAUCCAUGAAAUCUCCAAGAGCGAUGGAAGAAUCAAUUAGACCGAAAACUUUGUUCAAUUUCGAUGAAGUUACAACGAAACCACCGACGCCGAGGAAAUUCAGUAAAGAAAACGUUGAAAUAAUCGAAAAAGAAGAAACUUUACCGAUGAAAUCGAGAACUUCCGAUUCGAGGAAAUCUUCUGAUGUGAUUUUUAAAGAAAAAACGACAUUCAGAAGCAAAUCCGCCAGUUUGGAUUCACUAAACGACACCGACAAAUCAUCCCAAGACAGUUUGGAUAAAAUGGAAAACAAAUUGAAGAAUAGUCCCGUGGUGUUGAGGAAAAAAUCGUUACAGAAUAAAAGAACCGACGAAGAACCGGAAUUAAUGAAAGUGUUCGCUAGGAGAUCUUUAAAAAUUAAAGACGGCGACAUAGAAACGCUUCAAGAAUCGUUAAACGACACGAAAACCAGAGACAGCGAUAAAGAAAAUCGCUCGGAUUCUCCUAUCGACGAUCGCAGAAAAACCUACACCAAAUUCGAUAGUUCGGAAAAAGAAGAAGUUAAUAAAUCGCCUUCGGGUGAUAGUAGAACGUCCCCGAUCGUUUUGCGGCGUACUUUGAAUAACAAUAUCUUCUUAGGACAAAGGGCUGUGACCGUUAAUCCCGCGAAAACUACCGAAUUGAUACUGAGGAAAACUAAUUUCGGCGAGCACAGAAAAACCGAUCAAUGGAUCUCGAACAUUAAAAACGACGAGGUGGAAAUUAAGGAGAAAAUCGACGAUGACAUCAUGGCGGGCGGGGGGUUUAUUAUGGAAGCGAAAAAUUUUAGUCAGAGGAAAGCCGAAUGGGAGAAGAGGGCUCAGCAGGCGCAGAAAAAAAAUACACCUUAAAUUUAGAUUAAUUCACGUUUUAGGGCGAUACCACCAAGUUUCUUCCAAAUUAAUUUGUAAUUUAUAUACGUGUAAUUUUUUUUAAUAAUUUGUAUUGUAAAUAUAUUUGUUUAUAAAUGUUAUUAAGUCAGUCGGAUCACAGAUGAUUGUACUUUAAUGGUUAGUUGGUGCCAUUGUGAUAGAAAAAAAAAACCAAAACCAGCAUUUAUUAAAUUUAUUCUCGUUUUUGAAUAUGUAGAUAGUUAAGUGCCUUUUUACAAAAUUUUUACCUUGACUCUCAGAAGAUUGUUGAAAUGUCCCACGUCGAGAAGCGCAAACGUUUUAAUGUGUAUUUUUUGAAAAAAUAAUUUUUGAAUAUUAAAUUUUUAAAAAUAUAUUUAAUUAAAUUUUAAAUUUAGAGAAUUGAACUGAAUUUUUAAUGCUGUCUUUCAAAUGAGCUUAGAAUGUGAUUUUACAUUUUUGUUCGUGAUUUUGAUAAUUAGACCAGGGUCGAUAAAUUUUGAAACAAAAUAAAUAAUAAUAGGAAGAAACCCAUUGGAAAAAGAAAAUGGAAGAAAAAAUAAUUUACAUGCAAACUGAGGGAGGAAGUAGAAAGGGAUGGCAGUAAUUACUUAUGUUACGGACACUUUGCUAUUUAACUUUUUUCUAUAGGAGUUGUAGUUUUCAUCCUAUUAUUAUUUUUAAAUACCCUGGUCAAGUUUUCGCUUCUCAAUGUCCAAAAGUUUAAAAAAAUUUAGGAAUUUAUUGAAUUUACCAUCGACCAAAUUAGAGAAUGAGCCUUGUUGUUGGUGCUUGAGGGAGAAUGUUAUAUUUGUAUAUUACACGCUAAAAAGGAAGCUUGUAACUUUGUAAAAAGUUUCUAAUAUGAUAUUUGAUUUAAUAUGUUGUUCUUGUAUAUUACAAAAUAGAUAUUUGAUAUUUAUAAAA